AUGAUGGACGAGGAGCGCAGAUCGACUGCUGAAGGGGCGAGCAACGCGAUGCACGGCGUGGAAGUGUCGCUCGACAACAUGCGCCUCUCGAUGGAGCGCCCCGAGUCGCGCACGUCAAGCACCUACACUUCCAUGCGACCGCUCAGUGCCUACCAACCGAUGGAGAAUGGUUUUGGACACAGGCACCCGACGUCGCAGCGGAUGUCGACGGACGUACGCAAUACGUCCAAUGCAAGCUCAGCUCAAUCCAUGCCGCAACUCACGUUCAAGAGUGCGGAUCUUCGCAGCGCACUUCACUUGCACGAAGCCCAGAAGAGCAAGCUGUACAUGGAGGGCUAUCUCCUCGUACGCCACGCUUUCGCGGUCGACGGCCAGCCUGCACACCGCCCGGACCAGUUUAGGACGUGGACCGAGUGCUUCGUACAGCUCAACGGCACCGUCCUCAGCAUCUGGGAGUCGCGCGCGCUCGCCGAGGCCGAAGCGCAGGGCAAAGAAGUCCCGCCGUCGUUUAUCAAUAUCACCGACGCGCUCGUCGACUUUAUUGGCCUGCACGUCGAGGCCCAGUUCUCGGAGCCGGGCAAGCGCCGCGCGCUCUACCAUGUUUUUGCGGUGAACUCGGCAGGGAGCAACAGGGUCCUGUUUUGCUUCUCGACACCGCCGCCGUGCGAGUCGUCGCUCGUCGAGCAGCGCCUCUCGCCCAAGUACGCACAGCACCCCGACCACCAGCGCGUGAUCGACUGGCUGAACCUCGGCCAUCGUUUCCUGCAGGCAUGGAUUAAUGCGAUCCGCCUGGCGUCGUGGGAACGCUCGCGUCUCGACGAGAUCUACACGGGUGCGCUGAUCCGCGCACGCCUCAGCGCCGUGCGCAACAUGCAGGGCUCGACUGCCCAGCAGCAGGCGGAUCACGCCGAGCUCCUGGUGCGCUCGCCGCUCGUUCGGGGGCGCCACGAGGGCUGGGUGCGCGCGCGAUUUAUGGGCUCGACCGAGUGGCGCAUGUGCUGGAUGGUGCUGCAGAACCACUGGUCGGAGGAGGAGCCCGCGUCUGGCCUGCGCCGCUUCCUCAAGCGGGGCGCAGGCGACCGCAGCAGCCUCCUGUCCUUGUCGAGCAACUCGUCGGCCGCGUCUGCGACGCCAAUUCCCGACAUGCCGGAACCGCCCGCGCCACCGCCGGGCACGUUGGCGUCGCCGGCCGUCGCCUACUUUUACGAAUCCAAAAAGGCCAAGAAGCCCUUUGCGAGCCUCUGGCAUGUGCGACACGUGUACGCUGUAUACCCAUCGCGUCCUGAUCUCGUCGAAGGCUCGGUGCUAUUCAAGGUCGAGGGAUCGCUGCCCCAGAGCGGCGUCCUUUCUGCUACGCACCGGCCGCGCAAGACGGGCUGGGUGAUGUUUAUGCCGGAACUCCGCGCGCCUCAGGCACGGGGAGCGAAUGCGGAAAUGAUGAAGUGGAUCAUUGCGUUCAUGGAUGCAUUCCGCCUCUAUGGCCGCCCGGGAUCGUUUGCAUGGGACGCACGUAAUCCCACGUCGCCCUUCUUUGCGUACCCGAUCGGUCCGUACAAGGACCACCUCUUUUUGGAUCGCGCCUUGGCCGAGUUCCUCGACGUGACGAUCGAAGACCACAUGACCACGCGUCAGGAACUUCACGAUAUUAUGGCAGCGAGAAUGCGCGGCGAAAACACGAUGCUACUGCCUCCGCUGCCGGUGACGCAGCCCGCGUCGGUAUCGCGCCGCCCGACUGCGGUCGGCAGAGCCGUCGCGGACGAGGUGCACGCCGAACGCGAGGCACAAGUCCCCGUAAAACAAGCGCAGGCCGCUUUGGAGGGGCACAGGGAGCCAAGCACGGCAUUUGAUCAGGUAUACGGACAGGUGGGAGCGCAGCAGUACGACGCCAAGGCCGACGCCAAGGCCGACGCCAAGGCACAGGCAGAGUACGAGGCGCAGGCAAAAGCACAGGCUGAAUACGAAUCGCAGGUCAAAGCACAGGCCGAGUACGAAGCACAGGCCAAGGCUCAGGCCGAAGCGCAGGCCAAAGCACAGGCCGAGUACGAAGCACAGGCCAAGGCACAGGCAGAAUCACAGGCCAAAGCACAGGCCGAGUACGAAGCACAGGCCAAAGCACAGGCAGAAUACGAAGCGCAGGCCAAAGCACAGGCCGAGUACGAAGCACAGGCCAAAGCACAGGCAGAAUACGAAGCGCAGGCCAAGGCCAAGGCCGAAUACGAAGCGCAGGCCAAGGCCAAGGCCGAGUACGAAGCGCAGAUCGAGCACGAGGCCCAACGCAAAGCCCAGCGUGCUCACGCCGAGGCUCGUGAGCAGGCCGCUCAAGAGGCCAUGGCAUGGGAACGCGCUGAAAAAGAGGCCCGCGCCCGUAAUGUACCAUCGCCCGAGUCGCGCGACGCGCCACUUCCCCGCGACUCUUUCCAGGGCCAGCGCCCCCGCCCCGUGUCGCAGACGCUGACAGCUGGUGCCUUUAAGCAGGCGCGCCCGCAGGAGGCGACGCCCGCCUCGUCGCUCGCGUCGUCGUACCCCACAGCGACGAGCUACGUCUCGACGCCUCGUGACGAGAGGUCGGCGCAGCCCUCGGCAGGCAGCGAGCGCCCGGCUCCUCCGCCCGUGUCGGCACCCACGAGUGCCUCGCGUGAGGCGGCCGCACCGGCGGCGGUGCGUGUUGUGCCUGCCGCAACCCCAGAGGUGCCCGCGCCCGAGGCGCCCAAGCCUCUUGCGCCUGCGCAGCGCACCACCGUCACGGCGCCGGUGGUGAACCCCCGCCACGAGCAAGUGUACCCCUGGCCUGUGCAGCCCAAGGAGCGUGUCGUGUCUGGCGAGUCGAUGACGGGCGACGUGUCGCUCCUGUCGCAGGCCAACUCAGACUUCCAGGCGGCACACCAAUACACGGAGCUCUCGCCAAUCACCGAGCAGCUCACAGAUCCGCCGCGCAGCGGCACAUCCGAGCCGCGCUCGGACUACGCGAGCACGAAUCCGUUCAGCACGCGACCGGCUGCCCCCCCACUCUUGCCCGUGCCCAACUCUAGCAAGGACCGCGAGAUCUCGCCCCUCUCGCCGGCCCUCACGACGCAGCUUUCGUUCCUCGCACCGGCGGCUGACACAUCGCCUGGUACAUCGCCUGCCAAGGAUGAGCUGCGUGCGCCCUCGGCGCCUGGCCGCCAGGUCUCGAGCCAGUCGCGUCUCGUCUCGGACGGCACCGAGACCCGCAUCCUCGAAGACUACAUGAACGAGCACAGCGCUUUGACUUCGCCUGCGCUCGGCUCGGACAUGAGCCAUGCGCCGACAUCCGCGCCGUCGUCGGCGCCUGCGACGCGUGCGACGGUGACACCCAUUGCCACGACGCCGGCCGUGCGUAUUGCGUCGCCGCCUGCUCCUCAAGAGCCCGAGGAAGAGGAAGAAGAGGACGCGUACGGCGCCGAGAGCCCCAAGCACGAGCCGUACCCCUCGUCCUUUGGGCACAACAAGCGCACGCAAGAAAAGGCGGCGCGCGACCAAGCCGGGCACCCCGCGUACGCGCGCCCCGGCCGUGCGCCCGGCGCUGUGCCUGCCUCUGGCCGCGCACAGGACUGGGUGGACUAUGACGAGAGCGACGUGAGUGCGACGCACCUCGCCGCGCCGCCGCAGCCCCCCAGCCGCCUCGGCGCAAGCAGCUCGGCCGGCUCCCUGGCGGAGGUGUCGCCUGGGUACUCGCAACAGAGCCACCAGGCCCGCCCCGUGAGUGCAUUUACUGAGCCGUUGCACCGCCCGUCGAGCGCGUUUACCGGCGCGUACAUGCGCUCGAACAACAGCGCCUCGAGUCUGGGCAUGUACCAAAACAAGACCGGGUCCUCGUCCUCGCUGCAGCUCGAGCGUCCUCGCCAGACGUUUGUGCGUCUCGACCCCGAGGACCAGAGCAAGGUCCCCCAAGGCCUACUUGCCUCUGCGUCGCAAGAGCGUUUGGACCGCUCGGUGCGUGAGCAAGAGGCGCGUGGUUCGGGUCAGGCCCUGGUCAACAUGCCGACCAAACCCCCCCCUCCGCAGGCCGGACUGAUGGGUGCAAUCCACUCCCAUGACCGACGCACGGCUGAGCGCGCCCGCCGCGAGUCCAUGGCGAGCCCCGCGCGUGGUGGCAGCUCGCAGGCGCACAGCCAAAUGUCGCCGUCUGCAUCGCAGCAGCAGAUGUGGAUGAACAUGUACUACUGGCAACAGCAGCAGAUGAUGAUGAUGAUGGGCGUGAUGCCGCAGAACCGCGACACGCAGUAUCCUUCGAUGCAAGCGCAGCAGCAGGCGCAGCAGCAGGCGAUGCAGGCCGCGCAACAGGCCUACAUGCAAGCCAUGGCGCAAGCCCACGGCGGACCGAUGCCGACCCCCCCCAGCAUGCCGAGUGGCAUGCCGACGCCGCCUAGCAUGAUGCCGAUGCCCCAAGGCAUGCCGGUCCCCCCCGGUAUGUCGAUGCCGCCAAGCAUGUCGAUGCCUGCCGGGAUGCCGAUGCCUGCCGGGAUGCCGAUGCCGCCGUACGGCAUGCCGGGCAUGUUCCAUUCGCCUGGCACGCCCGAGAGCGGCCCGUCGGCACCGGGCAUGGCGGCUUCCUCGUCGCGCGACUCGCACAUGUCUGGCCACCGCUACGGCGCUCAAGAGGCGCGCAACCAGAGCCCCCGUCACAGUACCACGGCACGGCCCGUGCCUCGUGAAUAA